AUGUGGUGGGUGCUUUGCAUGCAGUUGUUUUCGCUGCUACAACGCAGCCUGCGAAACAACAAAACUAAGCGGCAUUAUCACAUCCAAUUUCUGGUUCCUGGUUCGGGACAAGACUCCAAUCAAGGAACUCCAAGCUCUCUUUCCAAGGGUCUUGCAAAGCCCCCUGUGGAGCUGGCGGCUCUUCAUCCAGGUUUCAAGGCCGUGCCUCAGGGAAUUGGGCGUCGAAUAAUGACAUUCGGUGGUAACCACUCCUUCACAAAGGACGAGUUAAUGCACUGCGCAGAUUUGCUCGAGCAUGUUGGCGGUUAG